AUGAGUGACGAAACCUCAAGUUCAUCCGGACGCAGGCAAGCUUCGCGAACACUUUACCCAGACUUGACAUCAGCAUACGCACGAAUCCAAGGUCGGAGGACGGUGAGCACCUUGUCAUCGCAGGCUGGUCGAGAAGAGACGCGCUUUCCGCUCAGUCCGACGAGUUCUUCGAGCGAGGAGAAUGAACAUGAUCGCUUUGAUGCACUGUCGGUUGGGAAUGAAGUCAUUCCACUGCAGGACCUAUCUUGUCAGCGGGUACAAUCGGCCCACGGAGUUCUUCAUGAGGCAGACCAUCAUCAAGAAUCCAGCGCAAUCCUGGAGACAUCCGAUGAUACUGAAACAACAAGCCACACUGAAGACAGAUUAUCCGCCACAAUUGACGACAUUGUUUCUCAAUAUGCGGACGACGGAGCUGACGAUUCGUCUGCUUUGCCCAUUCUCCAACCGGACGGACAUCAGCUCAUGCACGAUCAUGAGAUCCAUGAGACCCAGUAUGGACAGGAUAUCAAUACUCCCCAUGACAGUCGCAGUAUGUUUUUGAGUCCCCACAACGAAAGACGUUCUGUCGGUGGCUUGGCUCUUGAAGAACAACAAGAUGCAGACCGUUCUGUUCAAAGUAUCGCAAACUCACAGGGAGAUAAAGAAGAGUGGGAAGCUUUGCCGGAGAGUAGUCGAAGCGGAUUUUUGACUCCAUCGUGGCAGCGGUUUCGUUUGACAAAAAGAGAGACCGGCGAUACAUCCGACUCAAGUUUCAAUGACAAGACCCCAACAACACCAUGGGAUCCUAUUUCAUCCUCAGCACGAGGCAAUCUUCCACCUGAUCUAGCUCACCGCCAGACUGAUUUGCACGCACCGAAACAGCUUACCAGAAACAAAUAUAGUGGCCCUGGAAGAGAGCAGCAAGUGCAAACUGAAAUGCAAACAACGAGCGGACGGAGUUUUCUGCGUUCAGGUCAAAACCGCGCUGCAGGUUCCCUCGGCACCCUAGGAGAGCUUCCACACGUCCAGACUCUGGCCAGCCCGCGCCCAUCAAGACAUCUCACUCCACUCACAGAUUCAGUCCUUCCGUCAAGCUCCUUGUUUCCUCGAGCUCGGAUCAGUGCUCUUUCAUCAAGUUCUCUGCUUCCUCAGGAUAUGGGAAGGAUCAUGACACCACAUCCACCCCCUCGAGCAGCAAUGAAGCCCUUGAACGAACCUACAAUGCCUCAUGGGCAAGGAUUCUCCAGAUCUCGAGAUGGCCAGACGGCGCAAUCUGCUACCCCUUCCAAUCAACGCCUGACCACACAAGCUCGCAUCUUCAUCCCUAGAAGUGGCUCGGGGAACGCAGCCACAGAUCCAGGACGCACCCUUGACCAACAAGGUCUCUCCGCCGGGUUCAGAAAGAUGGCCUCCGCAACGGAAUCUCACAAUCGCCUCUUGACCGAACAACUUCGAGAAGGCCGCUACCAAUCCAAUGACGCUGGCAUCUCCCGCUUCCUGCGAGACACCGUGCAAAUUGGCACAAAUUCCCUACCUUCACGUGUCAACCGUUCUGAAAGCCUUCCAAACAGUCGUGGAAUCAAAACAACAGGCAGCAGUCUUGCCAACUAUUCCUCCGAUUCAGUUCCGCUCAACAGACCGAGAAACCACGGAUUGGGUAGCUCAAUUACUUCAAGCCUCGCCAACGCUACUCAACAUAAAAACAACUCCACUCAUAGCACUACAGCUUCCCUUCUCCCUGCUGACUGGACACAAAGCUUGGACACUCUUGGUUUGGCAGCUUGCCCGACAUUUCCGCUCACCGCCCAGCAACUUGGAUCGCCCGGACUUCCUGGAAUUGGCUGGGUCCCCUUUGCUCGUUUGCAGACCUUGGAUAAUGGCGAGUGGUUGGAGAGAGCCUGGUGCGCUGUCCAUCAGCAAAUGGAGUUCAGCCACGCCACCCUGGCCAAAAACAGGGCUGAGGCUAGCUCCGUCGACAUCCAACGUCGAGCUGGGCGGUUCCUUCUGGUGGCUUGCGUGGCAACAUUCUGGUUUGGUGGUUUUGCUCUGGCCCAUGACAUGGGCGAAGGGGGCGCCUUGUCCAGCGGGGCAAUGGCAGAGUUGACCAAGUGGCUCUCGGGCCGAGAGGAUGGUGCCGUCGCCCAUGUCCACCCGGUGGACGCUCGACUGGCCCGAGCGGUCGAGAGAGUUGGUUUGUUGGUGGUUGUUGGUUUGUUGUUGGGCUGUGCCGGCGUCCUGGUUUGGGCAGCCACCAUCUAA